UUGUAUUGAUACUGGAAGAGAACCAACCAAAUAAACACAAGGCUUCCCUGGUUACUGAUUUAGGACAAUAUGAUUAUUUUGUAAGAUUUCACGGAAUAUGAUAAAUUGGUAAAUAAAAACUGACAAGAAACUUUCAUUUAUGUGAUAUUCACAUGUGUUGUAGCAUCAUUUAUAAAAAUAAAGCGAAGUUAUCCCGUAAACAACGUUAGAUUUAUUAAAAAGAAACAAUAUUCGAGACUUCCGGUUCAUAGGUGUUCAAAAUAGUCAUUUCGGCAAAUUCUUUUGUCGUGUUCAAUUGAAAACAGUGAUUUCAUUAUUGUUUUCUAGUCAUGUGUUGGAACAAAUAUUUAUAACCAAAUAGAGUUUAAGAACAACCUUCUAGUUUUAUCAACAUGCCUCUUGCACAAACUAGACUAGAGACCCUGCAAGUCUGUAAACUGCUACAAUGUGUGAGAGACAAGGACAAGUCACAGAUAGAAAAGAUGUCACUUCAAGGGGUACCACAUUUAAUCAAUUACAAUGAUGCAAAUGAAGGUCAUACAGCUCUUUCGGUUGCAGCACGUGCAAAUGAUGAUGAUAUGAUAGAGUUUUUACUCGGUCUUGGUGCUCAUCCAGACGUGUUAGACUUUAAAGGAAGAUCAGCUGCUAUGAGAGCGGCAGAAUAUGGCCACGUAGAUUGUCUAGCAAAAUUAGCAGAAAAAGGCGCUAACAUGAAAUUAACAGAUAGAGAAGGAAAAGGGAUAUUGUUCUAUUGUAUUUCACCAACACAACGUCAUGCUAAGUGUUUAGAGAUUGCUGUGCUGAAUGGUGCCGAGGUUAACAACACAGACAAACAAGGUAUUCCAGUAUUACUUCAUGCCUGUGAAACAGCAAUGGACAAUGAAGAGAUGUGUUUAUUACUUAUUCAGAAAGGAGCAGAACCAAAUUCAAAACAAGAGGAACCAGAAGAGGGCUUUGGUCCUGAUCCUAAGAAAAAGAAAGCUCCACCAAAGAAAAAAUCUAAGAAGAGAGCUAAAGGCUUAAAAUUUGUAGAUCCAGAUGAGAAAACAGGGAAGUCUGCAUUAAUGGCUGCUGCAGCUAGUGGAAGUGUCAAGGUUGUUAGGGCAUUACUACAGAAUGGUGCAGACGUAAAUGGGACAGAUCUCCGACAUAAUCACGCGGCUCAUUUUGCUGCGGCAAGUGGCUCUUUAGAGGUACUUGCAUGUAUGGCUGGUUAUGGGGCGUUAUUUGACCAGGUCAACUCUGAUGGUAACACACCACUACAUAAUGCAGCAGCAUCAGGAGCUGGAAUGUGUGUUAAAUUCCUCGGUCAAAGAGGUUGCAAUCCCAAACCAAAGAAUAAUGAAGGAAAUACUGCCAGAACAAUAGCUAAAGACAUGGGACACAAGGAAGCAACAAAAGAAGCAAGAAAAGCUGAAAAAUCAUUUGGAAAAGUUGGUAAAAAUAACGAACCUUAUGCAAUAGCUCUUUAUGACUUUGUAUUUGAACGGCAAGAGAUGAUCAAAAACAUGUUUCAAAAAUAUUAUGAUCCGGAUGAAGAGGGGACUGUAAGUAAAAAUGAGUUUGUUGAUACAAUGCUUGGAAUGAACCCACCAGUUAAUGAGGAUGAACUGAGAAAAAUAGCUUCCAGUAAUGAAAAAGGGGGGAAGAUUGACUAUAACGAAUUCAUAGGUGGAAAGAAAUAUGUUAAUAAAAACUAUUUGAUGAGUGCAUUUGAAGGAAAGAAGAAAAAAGGAAAGAAAGGAAAGAAGGGGAAGGGAAAGAAAGGAAAAUUUAAGUUGGUUAUGCCAAUCUGUACAUCAGAAGAAGGUCCAAGAACGUACGGUGGAGGACCACCGGAAAUGUACAUAGAAAAGCACAUACACUUCACUGAUACUGGUAGAUUUGACAGAGACCAUCCACCCAAACAUCCCCUACAAGAUGACUCAGCAUGGUACCUUCAACAUCCAGAGAAAACAUACCUCAAUAUAAACGAUGCAGCAAGGAGUGGUGAUUUUGAUUCACUGAAGACAGCAUUCCAGAGGGGUAUACCAGCGGAUACAAGAGAUAAAUAUUACAAGACACCAUUAAUGGUGGCAUCAGCUGCUGGGAACUAUGAAAUGGUUAAAUUUCUUCUUGAAAAUGGAGCACAUGUUAAUGCACGUGACAAUUUCAAAUGGACACCUUUACAUCAUGCGUGCCAUGCAGGACAGCUUGAUAUUGUGGAAACUUUGUUGGCAAAUGGUGCUGAGAUGGAUGCUCCCACAAUGAGUGGCGGCACUCCAUUAACACGUGCCAUAGAAUCUUCCAGAGAACAUGUUGUAGACUUCCUUAUACAGAAGGGAGCUAAAAUGCAGACUGAGAAUAAAAAAGGACAUAACCCAUGUGAUAUCGCUCAGUCCUGGGCAGAUCCUCGAGUAUUACAGUGUGUACAGACUAAGUGGGAAAGUCUGCCACCUGUUGGUGGUAAAGGCAAGGGUGGUAAAGGGAAGGGAGGAAAAGCUACUCCAGCAAAGCGACCUCAGUCUGUGCCAGCUGGUGAUGGGCCACCUGGUACUGCUAGGGAAAUGCCAUCAAGCGCUCGUCAAAAUUUUGAAGAGGGCGCUCCACGUCAGAGGAAGGGUUCAAUAUUACGAGCAGCAUCUGCUCUGGCUGGUGGAAUAGAUGAACAAGAAAAUGUUACAUACACCCCACUUAAAGCCUGGACAAAACAACCAACAACUAAAGAACUUAUUGACGAUAAAGUUGUAAAGCGUGAACGAUUUGGCUGGGAAGUUGACUUUGAAGACUUUGAAAUGCCUUUUAAGAAAAAUGUUACCAAGAAAAUCGAGGAAAUGGGUGGGGCAGAUGAAGAUUAAUGUAUUUGAAUGCUUAGUUUAAUGUUCACUUUUAAGGAUGUUUGAUUGUUGAUAUGAAAUUCAUCAUAUUCCAGCUACAUUUUUCUGCUAUCAGUCAUUCAUACAUGUUGAUAACAUCUAUAUCCUGUAAGAGAGACAGAUACAAAAUGUGUCCAAUGUGUCAGAUAUGUUCUGGUAUUCUGUUAUACAUGUAUAUGAACUGAGCAGUAUGUAUUUGACAAAGUUAUGAUGUAAAUGUAUGGAAAACAAGAAAUUCAAACGAACCUUUAUUUUUGUCACUUGAUUUUUAAUAUACAUUGUACAUAUAUUUCAUUAAAAUACUGAUACUUGAAUUAAUGAUACUUAAGGGCUAUUUCCCACUCAGUAUUUAACAUGGAUCUUUGCAUUAUCUAUUGUAGAAUAUUUUUAUUAUGUGUAAGUGAAUAAAAAUAUUGUUAACUAUAUCAUAUAUUUUAUUAAUAUGAUCUUUUUUCUAUCCUGGAUACUCCUCUUUUAUGAGUUUUAUUUAAACAGGGCUAUGUAAAUAUAAAUUUUGUUUGUUGGUUUUUCCCUCUCAUAUCCAUGUCUUUUCUGCUCCUUUGAUCAAUUUAUCAGAAUGAUUAAGCCAAAGAUUUUUAGACUGUUGUUAACCUUUCUAGCUAUUAAUAUAAAAGUGCCUUUAUCAUUGAAUAGCAAUUUUUUGUUCGUUUAAAUUCUUAGGCAAAGAAUGAUUCUUUAUUCACCUUUGUUAAAAUGCACACGACUUACCUAUUGGUAACAGUUAGGUUAUAAUAAUAUAAAUAUUAAUUAAUGGUUAAAAUGCCUGGUAGUGAGUUGUGUCUGUGAUUGUUUAUUUACUAUAUUAAGUAUUAUUGCAUUAAAGAAAUACAUGGCUUCAAGUUCCACAGUGAAAAUAUCCCUGCCUGUAACUUUCAGGCAAAAACAGUUAAGCCUAUAAUUUCCCAAUUUAUUUAUACACCAUUGACCAUUGGACUAGUGUUUUAUAAGAAGUUUGUUUGUUAUAGACAGCCAAAUUACUUGUACAGCUUUGAUAUGAAUAAGCUCUCAUUUUUUUUUCUUCUCGAUGUACAAAAUGAGACUUGUAUUGAAAGAUUUUUUUUCUGGAUACAUGGUAGUAUUAUGAAUUGAACUGCUGAUGAAACAAGACAGUAUUAAUUCAUUAUUUCAAUACUUCAAUAUUUCUAUAAUUGUUUUGUUUAUUUAUGGUCUGGAAUAUAUGAAUUUCUUGAUAAUGUAUUGAUGCAAAAAAUGGUUUGGCCAAAAUCACACUAGGCGAAAUUGUGAAUAAACCUGAAUAAUAUAAAUGUAAAAAAUUCAUUUUACUUGGAAAAUAUAUUGAUAUAAAACUUCACUGUCAAGUUUCAUACUCGGCUAAAUUCUAUUGUAAAUAAUGUAGAUAUUUUUAUAGUGAACUAUCAUUUCUAACAGAAAGCUGUGAUAUUAUUAAAUGUACACAUUUUUAUUGAAUUUUUUUUCAUCAUUAUUUGAUUGAAUUGUGAUUUUAGUUGUUAAUUAUAUUGUAAUAAUGAGAAUGUAUUAUUGUUACUUGAGAUAUAUUUAUAGAGUUAUGUUCACAUGUCAUUACAGAAAAAAUAUAUAUAUGUUUGGUAAUUAUGCACUGAUUGGUUAUUUAAAGUUGUGUUGUAUCUGGAAAUGCUGAAGAUUUGAGGAUAUUGAGAAAGAUGUUAUUAUAUAUCAAUAUUAUGUUAUAAGUUAUGUGAACAAUUGUCAUGGUUACUGAAUUAAACUAUUUUCUCUGAA